CUACGAAUCAGUUGGCACAACGCUUCAAUGGCAUUUGCAUUUGCAUAAGUCGCAGCACACAAAUAUAAUAAUAAUAAAAGAACAACAGCAACAACAACAACAACAACAACGAAAUCAGCAUUAUAAUAGAUUUGUCAACUCUGAACCGCAUUUGCAUCGAGAUCUUAUCGCUCAACCCUCUGAGACAGCAACCAUCACAAUGUGCUCCAGUUCCCCCAAAAAUAUUAAGCAGCUCUCUGCAGCGGAACGUGAAAAGUUCUUCGACUCUUUCGAUGUGGUCUGCGAUUGUGACGGCGUUGUCUGGUACACUUUGCGUGACUUUAUACCAGGGUCAGCUGAGGCAAUCUCCGAGCUGCAGCGUCGCGGGAAGCAGCUCACCUUUGUGACCAACAACAGCAUUAGCUCCGUGAAGCAGCAUCUCCAGAAGUUCGCUAGUCAGCCCGGACUAAGCAUAGACGAGGAACAGAUUGUGCAUCCGGCUCAGACGAUUUGCGAUCAUCUCAAAUCGAUUGGCUUCGAGGGACUCAUCUACUGUUUGGCCACGCCUCCCUUCAAGCAGUUGCUACGCGAUGCGGGCUUCAAUUUGGCGGAGGAACGAGAAGGAUUCGUGAUCGAGAGCAUCGCGGAUCUGCGUGAUGCCAUCUAUGGACGGCAGGAGGUGCAGGCGGUGGUCAUCGAUGUGGACUUCAAUCUGAGUGCCACGAAACUUAUGCGCGCCCAUGUCCAGCUGCAGAAUCCCAACUGUUUAUUCCUGGCCGGCGCAGCUGAUGCCAUGAUUCCCUUUGGCACCGGCGACAUCAUCGGACCCGGCGCCUUCAUCGAUGUGGUGGCCAAGGCGAGUGGACGCCAGCCCACGGUGCUGGGCAAGCCGGGUGAGGCACUGCGUCAACUGUUGCGCGAUCGCCACAUCGAUUGCCCAAACAGUCGCGUCCUCUUCAUCGGCGACAGUCUGGCCAGCGACAUUGCCUUUGCCCGUGCCAGUGGCUAUCAGACGUUGCUCGUCCUCACCGGCGGGGGCAGCGCCGAGGAUGUCGCCAGCUUGCCCCCCGACCACGCCCACUUGCCGGAUUACGUCUGCGAUUGCCUGGGCGAUCUGUCGGAUAAGUGGAGGAAGUGAGGAUGUGACCCAGAUGGGCAUUUCGCUCAGUUCUAAAAAACCCAAUUGCACAAGAUUUUUUUUUUACAUCAUUGCUAAUUAUUUAAGAACUUUUUGUUUCAUAUAAUAACCGAAGAUCGUAGAACAUAGUUUUGAAUAAAAUUCCGAAUUUUUAAAAAUUUAA